CUCAUUAAUUUCAUUAAUCUUAAAUUAUAUCCCUUCAUUCAUGUAUUGUUUUAAAUAUAAAAUAUCCCGACAUUACAUCUACAUUGUGUACUUUACAAAAUAGUCAUUACAUCUGACUUUGAGCAGGAAAUGGGUUUAUUCUGUUAGAGCAGAUAUGAUGAUGAUCCACCGUUUAGUAAAGAAAACAUACACCAAACGAAGAAAAGUUUGGGGGAGGGGGAGGGGCAGCGAGAGAACGCGCUCACUGAGUCUCGGUAAAGACCGAGUUCACACAGAACCUGACGUUUCAGGUCCUCACCGUGACUAUGAUCCCAUCCCCCACGCGCUCCCCUCUCCCCCUCUCCCCCCUCCCUCCUACCCCCUGGACUCGCACCUGCGACACUCACGGAUGCUAAAUACGUGCGCGCGCGUGCGGAGGAGACGCGAUGGCUGAGAAAAAGGAAGAUAAAACUGGUUACACAUCAUCUCUGGAUGGCAGCUCUGGAUGCACAGUGGACGAUGUGUCGGAUGGUCUUGAAGAGAAGACAAAGGUUCAAAACCAUCACUUGAGUCACCUGCAGAAACUUAGAGCACAUCACAACGCUUGUGAAGAACGAUACAUGAAGGCGUACACAAAAUCUAUAAAUGAUGAACGGGAGAAGACUUUAUUUUUAUAUCAGCGCAUGAAAGCGAAGCAAGUACAACAGUCCUCUGAUGAGACUGAUGAUACUGUGAUCCUUGACCUCACACCAGCUCGGGACCCGGACUCACGUGUACCUGAGCUUAGAAGAACCGACAGUGUAAUCCUGAACAGGAAAAUGCUUGGAUAUGCAACAGAAGAAUCUCAGUCAAGUUCAGAGUUCAGUGAGGAUGAGUACAUACCAAAGACAGAAGAGUCAGACAGUAGCAGUUCAGCAGAGGAAGAGAGUUUAGCAAAAAAGGUCAAACAACAUAAGAAAAGAAGGGAUGAGUCAAAAACAUCAAAAUCCCAACAAUAUAAAAGAAAGCGUGUGACAUGUUCUAGUUCAUUUGUGAGCAGUGGAACCAAAGAAUCCUCGUCUUCAUCUGACAAAGAUGACAGCGGAGAAUCAUCUUCACCUGUUAAUUCAAAUGUGAAGGUCAUGAUGCUGAAGAAGAAAACGGAUGGCAGCAGGCUGUACAACAAAAAGUUCUACUGCUUGUUCUGCACUAAACCAUUCAGUAAAAUGGCGCGUCACUUAGAAUCAAAGCACAGAGAUAAGCCAGAGGUGGCAAGAGCUGUUGCGUUUCCAAAAGGUUCUAAAGAGCGACGAUUACAGCUGAGUUUACUGAGAAAUAAAGGGAACCAUUUCCAUAAUACUCAGGUGCUUAAAGAAGGGAAAGGAAUGGUGAUACCUCAACAGCAAUCCAUUUCACCAGUAACAGCAAAUGAUUAUUUGCAUUGUGUGAACUGUGAGGCUUACCUGAAGAGAAGGUCUUUAUGGAGGCACAUGCAGAGAUGCCAUCUAAACCAGAAAGUCAAAGGAAUGAAGCCAGGAAAAACUAGAGUUCAAGCCCUUUGUAUGUAUAAUGAACCAGUUCCAGAGAAUGUGAAUGCACGAUUUUGGAGAAUGCUACUGGACAUGCAUGACGAUGAGAUAACACAUGUUGUCCGGAAAGAGAAAGUCAUAUUGAAAUUAGGGCAACAUCUGUUUAAUAAGCACGGCCAUGAUGUCACAAAACACGAAUAUAUCAGGCAAAAAUUGCGAGAGACAGGUCGUCUAGUCAUCGAAGGGAAAAAAAACAGCAAGUUGAAGGAGGUAUCAGAUUUCUUCAUCCCGGCUAAUUUCCCUCAUGUCAUUAAAGCAGUUCACAGUGUGGCCGGCUUGAAUGAGGAGACAAGCACUUACAAAACACCAUCUUUAGCACUGAAGCUUGGGCAGAACCUCAAGAAAAUGGCAAACAUUGUUGAAUGUGAGGCGAUAAUGUCAGGUGAUAAGAACACCAUUAGAAAUGUGCAAGCCUUCAAACAAAUCUGUGAAACUAAAUGGAGUGAGUGUGUUUCAUCCCAAGCCAUUCGGAAUUUGAGCGAGGCAAAAUGGAACUCUCCACAACUUCUUCCUUUUGCUGAAGAUGUGAAAAAAAUGCAUCAGUAUCUUGACAGACAGUGUAACGAGAGCCAAACUAAACUUGAAAAAGAACCAAGUAGCAAGCACUGGGCAGAAGUUGCAAAAGUGACACUCUGUCAGGUGAUUCUGUUUAAUCGUAGAAGGGAAGGAGAGGUAUCUAAGCUGUCUCUUACUGCCUUUACAUUGAGGGACACCUCACUGACUCAUCCAGAUGUAGAGCUCGCUCUGACAGAUCUUGAAAAGAAACUGUGUAAGCACUUCCAGAGAAUUGAGAUAAAAGGCAAACGUGGACGAAAAGUCCCAGUUCUUCUCACCCCUAAUAUGGUGACCUCAAUGGAGUUACUUGUAAAGACUCGCAGUAACUGUGAUGUGCCUGAUGAGAACGUGUUCAUGUUUGGACGACCACAAGCACUGAGUCACUUCAGAGGAUCAGACAUUAUUCGACAGAUUGCUCGAAGCUGUGGAGCAGAACACCCUGAAGCGUUAUCCUCCACUAGACUGAGAAAGCACAUGGCCACUAUGUCCAAGGUCCUUAAUUUGAAAGACAAUGAAAUGGAUGACCUUGCUGACUUUCUAGGACACGACAUCAGGGUGCAUCGGCAGUACUACAGGCUACCUGAAGGUACAUUGCAGCUGGCGAAGAUAAGUAAAGUUCUUCUAGCCAUGGAGAGAGGACAAUUAUCUCAAUUCAAAGGAAGGAAUCUAGAUGAGAUCCAGAUUGAUCCACAAGAGAGACUGAUGGACAGUGAAGGAUCAGACUCUGAAGACGAGAAAGAAAACGAUGCUUCACCUCCACCCUCAAAUUCUGCAGACAAAUCAAAUAAGUCGACUGCUGAAGUUGGACAUCACCAAAGUCAUCAACCAGCUAAAGGAUCUUCACAAAACCCACGGAGAAAGUGGUCUACAGAGGAGAUCCAGGCUGUGGAAAAGACUCUGAUGGACUACAUCAGUUCUGGCAAGGUUCCUGGUAAAGCCCAGUGCAUGGAGUGCAUUGAAAAAUCCCCAGCAGCACUUCAAGGUAGAGGUUGGGAUGCAGUCAAAUUUUAUGUUAAAAAUCGCAUUGAUUCCAUGAAGCGAAAAAUGUUAAGGUGAAAAGCCUUUAAUGGAUGUUUUUUUUUCAUAUGAUUGUUAAACAUAUUUUGCGUAAAAAAUCACAUUGGUUCCACAAAGCAAAAAAAUGUUAAAGUGAAAAGACUUAAAUUUAUGUUUGUUUUUUUUCAUAUUUUUGUUAAAAACAUUUUGUGUAAAAAAUUGUAUUGAUUCCAUGUUUCAUAUGUUUGUUCAGAAUCAUUUUAGUUCAGGUUGAAGUGGCUGACAAAUAAAUGUUAAAGAGCAUUAAGAUGUCACAGAUUCUUGUUUUUGUGGAAUUCCCCAAAUGUCCAAACUUUUCAGGUAGUUGUACAUCAAAUAUCUUCUACUUCUACCUAAUAUUUAUACAGAUAUAUUAUAUAGCAAUAUAUUUUGCAACACGGUUGAUCACAUGCAUGUUUUGUUUUAAUUCAAAUAUAUUCCAGUAUGCACAGAUUAUUAUUUAUCAUAGACCAUCGUGGUGUUAAUGACCAUGAACAUUUCCUGCUUGUCAUAUAACAUGAGUGUUGUAGAUUCCAAAAUGUGGAACUUUUCAGACUCUCAGAAUUGAAGAGAAUUGAAUGUGUUAAACAGGAAGUGAGGUAAGGCUUUUUUACUGUUUACUUUCUUAGAAAUUGUCUAUUCAAAUACAAGAGAUUAUGAAUAAAACAGUUAAAUUCUCCCUUUUAAACAACACGUUAGUUAUGGUCAGAGAUUAACCUUUAUCUUCGUUAAUGUUAUACACAGUUAUAAUUGCAUAUAAAUUGGAUAAUCUGCAGAUAAUUUAUAAUAGUGACACCUAGCGGUUGUUGGUGGUAAGACAAAAUAGGCACGUCCCCACAGGAAUAGAAAAACCGGACAAAAAUUGAGCUCUCUAAACUUGUGUAUUUCUGAAAAUUAAGAUGAUUUUUGGGAACCAAAAAAUCCAAAAGAGACAUCUGACUUAAAAUUGUGCCCUUAAUGUAUUUAGAAAUUGGUGUCCCCACGUGUCACCUCCCAGUCAGGUGUCCCCACCAUGUAGCA